ACAAUAUUCCUGACUUGAAGAUCCAAGACAGAUAUUCCCCCUCCCUCCCAUUCCUCCCAUUUCUAAGUGAGACCACUUCAACAAAUGGAAUAUGAAUGUAGCCCUCUUAACUGGGAAUUCUACUACCAAGAAGAGGGGUUGGAGGACUUAAGGCAUUCUCUUCUGUACACAACCUUGGAACUGGAGGCAACAAUUGCAUCAGCUAAGGAAGAGAUUACCAGAAGAGAAUGUGAAUUGAUCCAUGUCAAUGAUCUUUUAAGCAGGGUCAUGAAGGAGAGAGAUGAAGCACAAGCAAAAUGUCAGAAGCUAAUGCUGGAAAAACUAGAGCUCCAACAAGAACUACAUCAGAAGCAACAGCUACAACAACAACAUCAACAACAACAACAGCCACAGCAAAUUUUUCAAACGCAACAACAUCAGCAACAACAACAGCCACAGCAAAUUGUUCCAACUCAACAACAUCAAAGAGACACUAUAUCCCAAAGUGAAGAAGAGCUGCAAGAAGGUCUCUCUGAAAAGCAUUCUCUGCCAGCAGCUUCUUCAGAUUGUGAAGAAGAAAACAGCAUGCCCUCUUCUGGUGGCAGUUCAACCCCAAAUCCAACACCACUACAAGUAGUGCUUGAAUUAGCACAAAAGAAACCAUUGGCAGAGAAAGGUAAGCUCCUAAAGGCAGUGGUAGAAGCUGGACCACUAUUGCAGACCCUUCUCUUGGCUGGACCACUCCCACAGUGGCAACACCCUCCUCCACAACUCAACUCCAUUGAGAUCCCUCCAGUGGCCAUUUCACCUCAAGACUCCUCCAAAAGUUGCCCUCUCAAUAAGAAGAGGGACCUUGUUCUCUCUUCUUCUGCCACUGACUCUCCAGUUUCAAAGUGUAGAAAGGUCAUUCACCACUUACCAACACCUACCACUGCUUCACAUCAUUCCCUACCACACCCAUCAUUUUCAUAAUGUUUCAUCUCCAAAGCAAAUCAGAAUGAAACAGGUGGCCAUUAUGCAUCACCUCAACUUUGUCCUCAUAUCAACAAACCUUGACCUACUUUUGCAUGCUAGAAAAACGAGACUAAAAUUGUUAGUGUUUAAUGUUUCCCUAAUCUUAUCUUAUUAUGUAUAUAUAAGAUCCAAUGGGGGUUAAAUUCUCACAAAAUUGUUGGGAAUAAAUAACCUCGUCUAAGUUAUGACACAAUUUUGUACUUUGGUAGAUAUUAGGAGGUGAUGUAACCAGGCUUCAAAUGGCUUAUUUUUAAUUAAAGGCUAUUAUUGUUUGC